GCACCCCUAGACACACAUAGAAUACACACGCCUGUAAUAAAUCAAGUAUUAAUAAUAAUAAUAAACCGCAAUCAUGGCCAACACAGCACAGUUAUUGCGUCGCCAGAGUUCCCGGGAUAUAGUCCUCAAAAGCCAAAAGAGCAUUGAUCAACUGGAAUUGAGGGAACUGCGCGGCCGCUUGGUACCCAAGGAACAUGGCGUCAGUCACCAUCAUCACACAUCGCUGCAUUUGCAUCAGCCUUUGUAUGGAGCCACCAAUCAGGGCUUUAUGUCCGAUGCCUUUGACGAAUCCUCGGAACUUGAACAGGAUCCACCGCCCUUCGGCUCGGAGGCAAGCACCUCCAAGGCCAAGGCCGAACUGGUGGCCAAUGCGGCAGCGGAUCAGCAGCAGGACAUUGUCGAGGGCGAGAAGGAGGGCGAGGAGCGAGAGAGUUGGGAUAGCAAAAUCAUGUUUCUGCUGGCCACCAUAGGCUAUGCCGUUGGCCUGGGCAAUGUGUGGCGCUUCCCCUAUUUGGCCCAAAAGAAUGGCGGCGGCGCCUUUCUGGUGCCCUACUUCAUCAUGCUGUGCAUCCAGGGUAUACCCAUCUUCUACCUGGAACUGGCCAUUGGCCAGCGAUUGCGUAAAGGUGCCAUUGGUGUCUGGAGUCAAGUGUCCCCAUAUCUGGGCGGCAUUGGCAUCUCCUCGGCGGUGGUCAGCUAUAUUGUGGCUCUCUACUAUAACACGAUCAUUGCCUGGUGCUUGAUCUAUCUGCUGCAUAGCUUCGAAUCACCUUUACCGUGGGCGGACUGCCCCACGAGACUGUACUCCAACUAUACGUACGACCAUGAGCCGGAGUGUGUGGCCUCGUCGCCAACGCAAUUCUAUUGGUAUCGCACCACAUUGCAGUGCUCGGAGAGCGUUGACCUGCCGGAGAACUUCAAUUAUCACAUGGCCAUUGCGUUGAUUGUCUCCUGGUUUCUGGUCUACAUUUGCAUGGUGCAGGGUAUUACUUCGUCGGGGAAAAUUGUCUAUAUGACAGCGAUCUUUCCAUAUGUUGUCCUCAUCAUUUUCUUCUUUCGCGGCAUCACACUGAAGGGAGCCGCCGAUGGUGUGGCUCAUCUGUUUACACCACGUUGGGAAACCCUCCUGGAUCCGGUGGUGUGGCUGGAGGCAGGCACUCAGAUCUUCUUCUCGUUGGGUUUAGCCUUUGGCGGCCUGAUUGCCUUCAGUUCAUAUAAUCCGGCAAAUAAUAAUUGCUACAGGGAUGCCAUACUCGUAUCGAUGACCAAUUGUGGUACUUCAAUGUUCGCAGGCGUUGUGGUCUUUUCGGUUAUUGGAUUUAAGGCCACGGCAACGUUUGAUCGAUGCACCGAGGAGAGGAAUGGAUUGAUAUUACAGAAUAAGACAACUAAUCUGCCUGUUUGUGAUUUGCAAACUGAAUUGGCCAAUAGCGCUUCAGGCACUGGACUGGCCUUUAUUAUAUUCACAGAGGCGAUCAAUCAAUUUCCUGGCGCUCAACUCUGGGCUGUCCUUUUCUUCCUGAUGCUGUUUACCUUGGGCAUUGAUUCGCAGUUUGGAACUUUGGAGGGUGUGGUCACCUCACUGGUGGACAUGAAACUGUUUCCCAAUCUGCCCAAGGAAUAUAUAGUGGGGGCACUUUGCUUCUCCUGUUGCCUGAUUUCCAUGUGUUUUGCCAAUGGUGCUGGCAGCUAUAUCUUUCAACUGAUGGAUAGUUUUGCUGGUAAUUUUCCUCUGCUGAUCAUUGCCCUGUUCGAGUGCCUGUCGAUUAGCUAUAUCUAUGGUGUGCGGAGAUUCUCGGAUGACAUUGAAAUGAUGACUGGUUCAAGGCCCAAUUUUUAUUGGAUGUUUUGUUGGAAGUAUUUGUCGCCGUGUGCCAUGGUUACUAUACUGCUGGCCUCGUUUUAUCAGUUGUUAACCGAGGGCAGUAGCUAUCCAGCCUGGAUUGCAGCCAAAGGAGCCACGGAGUCCAUGGAGUGGCCACAUUGGUGCAUUGUGAUUGCCUUCUUUCUCAUACUCUCGUCCAUAUUGUGGAUUCCAAUUGUGGCGAUUUUGCGCCUUUGCGGCAUCAAAGUGGUCGAGGAUUCGGAUCCUGCCUGGUUCCCGGAAGCGGAACUUAAGGAAGUCCAUGGCAUUGUGCCCCAUGAACCAACUGAAUUGGAACGUAGCAUUUUCUGCUUCAAUAUGGAUGGUACGGAGGGCAUGUGUUGCCCCAAAUAUGGACUGCCAGAGAAGUCCCUGGAGGAGGAGGAGUAAGGAGUAAGGAUAUAUACACAUAACGACGACGACGACAAUAAAAUAAACGAGAUAUACGAAUACAAAAACACGAAAUAGAAACCGAUGAAAUCGUAAUGUAAAUAUGGACAAUAACUAAGCACACACUCACCGAUAUUGGGCGGCGUCGAUAUCAAAGAAACACUCCUACUAUAUAUGGUCCCAAAGACUGUUGAAAAAAGAAAAGAAAUAUAUAUAUAUAUUAAAGAGA